AACUGGAUGCCCCUUUUAGUAUGCUGUUACCAGGAUGUUCUUUUUUACACUUCUUUAGUUUUGUGGUAAAGUAGAGAGAGCAUGGCUGGAGUACUGCGGGUGAUUUUUAUCUCUAUUUUAGUAAAAAGUGUUCUGCAAGUCUCAACUGCAGUGGAUCAUGUUCCUGUUCUCAUUUGGUCAACUCAGAGUUCCCUCUGGAAAGGUCAGCCUUCUGAAUAUGAAGGACACAUUAUUUCGGAACAGGAGCUGCAUGAUUUGCUGCAGCCACUCUUCAACCAGAGUUCAAGGAACAUAGUGCUGUUUCUUCAGGAUAAACUCAGCAUGGAUGACUUCACAUACUAUAGAAGAGACCAUGAAAAUGAGAAGCCAUUUCAAAGUCUACAGAUAUCAAUUGAGACUUCAGCUUCAUCCUUGGUUUUACCAGCAGUGACAAAGCAAGGCUCAAGCCACUUGUCUGAGUAUCUGCAGAAGCAAACAGAAUGGAACAUCUUCACUGCAGAUCAUCAUUUCCCAAUAGAAUACUUGGAUAUGGAUCCAUCCAAACCUAAUUUGUUCCUGGUUAACUUACCAGUACUAAGCAGUACCAGUGAUGAGUCAAGAGCACGUGUCCUGGCUAACAAUGAUCUUAUAAUGGAAAAGUUCACAACAAAUCUGAAAAAUCAUGGGAUUCCGUUUACAGCCAUUUAUACUGCAUUUAGUCCUUCCAAGGGACUCAAAAGUACUGACGUGACUUUUCACACUGGACGUCAGUUAUUGGGUGUGGACAUCCCUGCUCCUGCCCGAUAUUCUCCUCUAACAGUGAUUAAUGGCACUUAUACUUGCGUCAUCAUGCAUGCUACGAAACUAGCAUUAACAUUCAAAAAUACCCUUCUUGUUGACCUGACAAACGAAACGUUUGUUUCCCACACAGUGAAUUCUACUUCUUCUGAGUGCUCCGACACCAACACUUUAGUAUCUCUAAAAUAUUCCAACCCUGUUGAAGGAAUCAAUACACUGGAACUCAGAUUUCUAAUGACCAACAACUUCUAUAAGGGCUCAGCACGCAAGUGGUUUACCUUUGAUUCACUGGAAAUUAUUCAAGAUCAUUUACAUACUGCAAGGUUUAAUGCAUCCAUCUCUGCACCUGCAGAGUAUUCUUAUCACUGUCAGCUAGUGGGAACAAACACGAAUUAUGCUUCAAGAUUCAUUCCAGCUAAUGAGGAGGCACAAGCCUGGGAAAUCCACAUUUCUGACUUUCAGAUUCAAGGUUUCAACAUAAAGAACAACAUGUUUUCUUAUGCCAGUGACUGUGCGUCAUUCUUCACUCCUGGGAUCUGGAUGGGCCUGAUAUCAACCUUUCUGAUGUUAAGCAUUGUGUACUAUGGACUCUUAAUGAUUAUGCAGCUAACCACUAAUGACAGAUUUGAUGAUCCAAAAGGUGCAGCUAUCUUUGUUUCUCAGACUAAUUAACACUUCUCUAUCAUAUUUAAUAAUCAGUGCUUGUGCAGUUCUUAGUUACAAUGCAUUUUUGUCCAAUAAAAAGACACCUGUCUGCCCAGAAAGGAAAUUGCUUAAGGGCAGCAAUUCUAUUGUGAUUGCAAUCUAAUCUGAUCUCUGUAAACUGCUCUCUUAUUCUUGUAAAGUGUUUUCAAUAGUGUAUAAAUAGUAAAAGCAUAAAUUAACUUAUUGGGAUUAUCUAUAGGUAUUUAAGAAUAAUCAUUGUUUUUAGGAUAAAUUAUGAAAAUUUGAUUGAGUAGUAAAAUAGUAUAGAAAAUAGUAUACUGUAUCACAUGGCAAGACAUUUGAACCAAUUACCAAUUUCAUUUAAAUUCAUUGUAGGAACAUUAUACAGUGUAUGAGUUUACAAUACAUUAGAAUAUACAAUAUGAAUUAACAAUGCCGUUUUUAAUCACAAUUUAAGAAAUGUUUCUCCAAAUAUAUUCAAGUAUGACAUACAGAUGGAUGGAUGAACAAACAGUUCUGACACUACCAUCUAGCCCAGAAUCUGAAACUCUGGAGGAGGAACAAUUCAUUGUUACUGGGGUACAUUUCCCAUGUUUUCCCCCAUGCUUAUAGUAUGUAUCACGUUACUUUCCCUAUAUUUCAAGUUGUUAAAAGCUUAGGUUUUGUACUGAACCAGCUUAACUUAAUCUGUUUUUAUUAAUGUAUUGCCUUUGGACACAUCCUACCCUGAUUUAAAAAUAAAAUAAAAAAAUGUACUGC